AUGGAUCUGCUCUUAGUGGGUGCCGUGUUGGUCUUUCUUGGGGUCUCCGGGUCAGCUUCUCCUCCCGCAGAAGGUUCCCCAGCCCCCCGAGAUGCAGCCAGGAUUGUGGUGGACAUGUACAACCAGGAAUCAGAAACACAAGCCGUCUUCAAGCUGCUGAAAUUCAGAAACACCCACAAAACGAGGUUUGACUGGGGCGUUCACUUCAGCUUGAAUUUCACCAUCAAAGAGACCAACUGUCGGAAAACGAUGACCAACUACAAGCCCGGAAACUGCAAGUACAAGCCUAACGGGGCAGUGAAUGAGUGUUCAGCCGAGGUCUCCUUCCUUAACUUCAUGCAAGACACUCCCCUGACCUCUGUCCAAUGCACACCCUUGCAGCGGGCCGGUGGCAAGAAGUCCAACUCCCCCUCCAGGCUCCAGGCGGUACCAUCCGUGCCCAGAAUACAUGUGGAACACUACAUGCCGUCAGCCUAUAUUACCGCCGCUCAGAUGGCAUUGGAUGUCGAGUGA